CUCCUCAUCAUCAGUCAUCUGAGACACUCAAGCAUGCAUUCAGAAAUGGACAAAACCGACUGACCACAGAUUUAGCAAGAAAAACUUUUAGGACAUUUUUUUUCCCAAUUAAUUCCAAUAAACAUCACACAGUAGUGAUGGGAACCAUGGCAAAACAGUUCCUAGGCUACUUUCUGAGUCUCCUGGGCCUGGUUGGCACUCUGACUUCGACAGUGCUACCUCACUGGCGCCAAACAGCUUAUUUUAGCACCAAUUUUAUCACUGCUUCAUACUAUAUGAAAGGUCUAUGGAUGGAGUGUGUUAGCCACACAGCUGGUAUUUAUCAGUGUGAAUUCCAUCGAUCAUUGCUUUCUCUUCCCAAAGAUCUGAUGGCUGCCCGGAUUUUAAUGGUGCUCUCCUGCACUACCUCAUUUUUGGCUGCCAUAGUUUCAGCAGUGGGCAUGAAAUGCACGCGAUGUGCCCACCAAUCCCCUUCCAAGGGCUACAUAGCUAUGAGUGGAGGUUCAUGCUUCAUGCUGGCUGGUCUUUUCUGCCUGAUCGCUACAUCUUGGACGACCUGUGAUGUCAUUAAGGACGCUUAUGAUCCCUUUUCUACGGCUGGGAUGAAAUACGAGAUUGGCCUGGCUAUGUACACCUCUUUCUCUUCAGCUAUUUUCAGUAUUUUUGGAGGUGGAAUUCUUUGUUUGGCAUCAUGGGAUGUACGAAAUUAUGUAAGCCCUAAGAUAGCAGACCCAAAGGUACCAGUUCCAAAUCAAUUACAGCAUAUCCCAGCCUGUCAAUCAAACACUGCCUUUGAAAGUGAUCAUUCAUCAUCAUCAUCUUUUUCCUCCAUCAGUGGAUAUAGGUUUGGUGAUAGCAUUAGUGAAAGUAGUACUAAAAGUAAAAACUUAAAGUGAAUGUACAUUUAAUAGUGAAAAGUUCUAGCAAAAACAAGGAGCACUCAGUAAAAACGUUUAUUAUUUUGAGUGAAAUGGCAGUCAAUAUGGCCACAAAAGCUUUAUUCUUUAAUCUGACCUUUUUUCUGA